AUGAGGCUUGUGCUCGCUUCAAAAAGAAAAAUGACAACUCUCACCGAGAAUGAGAUGAAUUGCAUUAAUGGACUGUUGGAUUCAGCGACUGUUGAUCCAAAUGUGAACGGUGGUUUAAGGUGGCCGCUUGGUAGAUCUUCAUCUGGUGAUGGAUACAGAGUUUCUGAAGCUUGUCACGCUAAGUCUACAGUCUACACAAAAGGAACUCUAAGGCUUAGGGUUAGAGAGACUGAUAGGUUCAAUGAGAGGAUUGGAACAGGGGAAAUCAAGAGGGAGGUGACUCUCAUGCUUAAAGACCUCAACACUAAGUUUCAGGAGGAGAACAUUGAGAGGGCUUGUGUUUUGGCAAUGCUUCGAGAGACUCUUGGAACCUUGUGGGAUUUCUUGCAUUGCGAUGCCUAUCUUACGUAA